AUGUUGAUUCGUUCAUUUAUCGGCAUUUUUGCAGUCAUUUUGGCACUAAUUUCAAGUGCAAAUGCGGAUGUUUCUAAUUCUACUUCAAUCGUGGAUGAUAGAAUUGUUGGUGGUGUAGCACAGAGAGUUAGAUAUCGAAGAUAUCAGGUCGCUGUUGUAUUAGCGGAAUAUAUUUGUGGGGGUUCAUUAAUUUCUAUGAAAUGGGUUUUAUCUGCAGCUCAUUGUGUAUAUCAGGAGUCCGCAAAAACAACAUAUGUUCGUGCUGGGUCUAAUAACUGGGAUUACGGUGGAGUUGUAAGGUGGGCGAAAAGACUUAUUCGUCGUCAAGAUUAUAACCCGAAUAACUAUGACAACGAUAUUGCUCUAGUACUUUUGAAAAAACCUUUUGUAAAAGGACCUUAUAUUAGUGCAAUUGCAAGAGCAUCACAUUUACCAGCGCAAGGUAAGAAAUUAAAAGUAUCUGGUUUUGGUACAACUUCAUCUGGUGGAGACUUGGCACCUUAUUUAAAAAGUGUUUGGGUUGAAAUGUUUUCAUUUAGCAAAUGCCAAAACCUUUAUAGCAAUGCUUUAACAGAAGCAAUGUUUUGUGCUGGAGUACCACAAGGUGGAAAAGAUUCAUGUCAGGGCGAUUCCGGUGGUCCAAUAACAUUUAAUGGGCGUUUACUAGGGGUUGUUUCAUGGGGUUAUGGAUGUGCUACAAAACAAUAUCCAGGAGUGUAUACUAGAUUGAGCUGGACGGGCAUCGUUGGGAUCGUCCGAAAAAUCCAAGCACGUUUGUACUCACAGUGA